AUGGAAUCAGUUUCGUGUUGAUGUUUGAUGUGCAAAACAUUUUUACACUAAAAACUUAUCGGGAAGUACGACGGAUUUGCUCAUCUCUUGCUUGAGAAAGCACGCAGUGUAUAGCAGUGUUGUAUACGAGAAAGCAAAAAAAAAAUCAGUGAACGCUUAGAUAGGUUUUUUCGGUAUAAAUAAUAAUAAUAAUCAUAAUAUUUGUUCCUCUCGCUCUCUCGGUGGAAUCAACAAAAGCAUAAAAAAAUAAUAAAAAUAUUAAAAAAAAAAAAUAAGGAAGAGUCUCUCUUGAGCGAUCAUAACAAAUCAUUUUUUUUUUGUUAUUUUUUGUGUUUUUCCGGGGAAAUCAGUGUGUUAUUGGUUUUUUCCUCGUGUUCAUAUCACCCAAGAAAUACCUAAAAAAAUAAAACAACAACAACCGUUGUUAAUGAAAAAAUAAUAAUUUUAGCGACGAAGAGAACGAGACCUACCUUCAUACACAUAGAAGCAGUGUACAUUGAAAGUUAAUCACUUAUUAAAGGUCGCACACCAUAUUUAUAAAUUCAACUCAUACAGAGAGAGGCGAAAUUACAAAAAAAUACAAAAAAAAAAAUCGAACAGGCGAGACACUUACUGUUUCAUUGUGAUUUGGAUGCCACAGAAUUGAGCUGAAUAAAAAUUUUUGUAAAUAAAACGGAUAUCAAUUCAACAUAAAAUUAUGGGAAUAUUGGACAAUAUUUGGCGAAAUUCAUUAACUUUUGCAGUUGUCGCAUGCACGAUCCUCGUAGCAGUUAGUGAUGCAGCACCGUAUUCAAAAUACGGUCGAGGUUGUCAGGACAUUGGCUGUCUUCCCUCGGAAGUUUGUGUGAUGCAACAAGACUCCUGCAGCUUUGGACAACGCGAUGGCAAAGAUUGCGGCAGCUAUCCAACUUGCAAGAAAUCCAGCGCGGCAAAUGGCGGCUCGACAAAUACCGGAAAUCGUGGACAAGACCCCUAUGGCAUAGUAACGACUCGUCCUCAAACUCCGGCGCCUCCGAGAGCAACAACUCCUCGUCCUUCGGCUCCCGCUUUCCCAACUUAUGACAAUCGAGAUCGCGUAACUCCGACAAGACCUCCCGCGUAUCCUUCUUAUCCAAGCGGCGGCGGGGGCGGGGGCUCAGGAGGUUAUGGCGGCAAUUCAGGAGGUUAUGGAGGCAAUGGAGGCUUUGGCGGAUAUGUUCCUCCUGGUUACGAUCCAAGUCGUGAUCGUCCUUCGCAUAGACCUGGCACGACAAAACGACCUGGAGGCGGAUUCUUUGACAGCUUGCAAGAUCGUUUGGGGCAAGAGAUUGGAAAUUAUGUGAAAAAUGCGAUUUUCAAUCAAAUUGUCGGCGGAGGAGGACAAAAUGGAGGUCAAGGAACAUCAACGAGAUUUGGGGGUUCAGGAGGAGGAGGUUCCAGUGGCUUUGGCAGCUUGUUCGGAGGCGGCGGAAAUUCCGGAGGAAGCUCAGGAGGCUUUGGAAGUUUGUUUGGAGGCGGCGGAGGUUCGUCAUCGGGAGGUUCUAGCGGAUUGAGCAGUUUACUCUUCGGAGGAGGAGGAGGAGGAGAUACUCAACGUCGCAGCGGUUUCGGAUUAUUCAACGAAAAUCCAUCUGCUGGCAAUUCAGCACAAAAUCGACAACAUUGAGCCUCAAAAAAUACAAUAAGACAACACCAAAAUAUGGUUGCAUAAUAAAAUUACAGCAUCCGCGUUUUUUUUUCGGUCAGACAUAAAAUUGUCUGUGUAUACAUAAGUUUAAUUGAAUUUCAUUCACCAUUUUUGAGUGCUCUCUAAAAUAUAAUUUUUUAUUACUUUAUUUACGUUCCCAUCUCACACACACAAAUUUUUAUUAUUGUUGCAAUGCAUGCAAAGUCCUUUUAUUUUUAUUUGCUCUGCACUCCCAAACUCGAAAAAAAAAUUCAAAUAAAAAAACCCAGUUGUAGUAAAACAUUUAAAUAAACAACAAAAUCGUGACACAAAUAAAGUGCACGUCUAUUUUUAAUUGAAUAUUCUCGGCUUCCCUAUCCCAUGUACAUUUUUUUAUCAGCUUCAUUGGCAAUUGUUUGUCGAUAUGGCAAAUUUACAAAAAUAAAUAAAGUUUGGCAGCAAAAACAUUUAAAUAAUG